AUGCGAUCGCGGAAACGGACCCUUAUCCUCUUCCCGCGUGGAGAUCAAUUCGUCGGCUCCGCACAAGGCACACCUGCCUGCCCCCAUGCCUCCGCCCAACCCCCACCUCCCCCCAUGACCGCCUUCCUCUCCGUCUCCGUCCUCCACGGAUCCGCCUUUUUUCCCCCUCGCCACCGCCGCUGCACUACCCGCAUCGCUUCCAGAUGGCGAUCUCGACGCCAUCUGCGUACGCGCAUGUCCGCCCAACCGCCGCCCGUCCCCGACCCACCCGAAGAAGACGCCCUCUCGACGGACCACGACGACGUCUUCGUGCUGGAGGAUCACCUCCCCGCCUUGGUGGAGGACGUCCCGCCCAACGUCUGGGCGAGGCUCCCCACCCCCGCGGCCCUGCACCCCACGGCCCUGACGGACGUCGUCAUCGUGCUGGCGAUCGUCGCCCUGGUCUCGGGGCUGGUCCUCACCACGCGCAACCUGUUUUCCGCCGCCCCGUACUCCUCGCUCGUUAUCUCCACCUCGCUGUCCCUCCUCCCGGCGUACGCAGCGCAAUCCCUCGUGCGCAUGGUCGUCGCCUACGCCUUCUCGCUACUCUUCUCAUUGGGCUACGCCUACCUCGCCUACCGUGUUCGCUUCGCGGCCAAGCUCCUCAUCCUGCUCAUCGACGUCCUGCAGUCCAUCCCGCUGCUCUCCUUCCUGCCGGGCGUCGUGCUCGGCCUCAUCGCCCUCUUCCCCGACGCCCGCAUCGGCCUGGAGCUCGCCGCCGUGUUGCUGCUGUUCACCAGCAUGGCCUGGAACAUGUUGCUCGCCUUCUACCAGGCCCUGCGCUGCAUCCCGACCGACCUCGUCGACGUCGCCAAGACCUUUCGCCUCUCCGCGUGGAACCGCUUUUGGACGCUCGAGCUGCCCGCGGGCGCCGGCCCGCUCGUCUGGAACUCGGUCAUCUCCGUCGCCGGCGGCUGGUUCUUCCUCAUCUCCAUCGAGAGCUUUGAGCUCGGCAACCGCGAUUUUAAGCUCCCGGGCCUGGGCUCCUUCCUGGCUGUCGCGGCCGAGACCGCCGACUACCCCGCCAUCGUCGCGGGCCUGGUCGUCGUCGUCGCCAUCAUCGUCCUCAUCGACUUUCUCAUCUGGCGGCCCCUCAUCGCCUGGUCCUCCAAGUUCAACUACGGCAGCGCCCAGAGUGACGACAACCGGUCCAUCGUCCUCAGCAUGCUCCAGCGCUCCCCCUUUGUCCGCUCCGUCCACGCGAAGCUCGUCGCCCCCGCCUGGGAGCGCUUUGUCAACCUCCGCUUCCCCACCCCCCGCGAAAUCAGACCCUACACCAAUGGCAACGGCCCCGCGCUCCUCUCGGAGCUUCAGCAUAGUUCCUCCCCGCAAUCUGUCAAUACUCUCGACUCUCUCUCGCUCUUCCAAUCUCUUUUCGGCGCCAUCUCCCAGACCGUCGUCUCCGUCCGCUCCAGCCUUGCUUCGUUCCUCCCCACCCUCUUGACGAUCUCCGCCUUCGUAGCCGUCGCGUACGGCGCCUGGCAGUCGGCCCCUCUCGUCGAGGCGAUCUCCUCCCAGCAAUGGCUCACGCUCGCCACUUCCGCGCUCGCCACGUUUGCCAGAGUCGUCGCUGCGCUCGCCUUGUCGCUGCUCUGGACGGUGCCCGCCGGCGUCGCCAUCGGCCGCAAUCCGCGCCUCGCCGCGAAGGUGCAGCCCAUCGUGCAGAUCGCCGCGUCCGUGCCUGCAACCGCUUUAUUUCCGUUCAUGCUGCUGUUUCUGGCAAGGUUGGGGGGAGGGCUUCAAGUGGGCUCCGUCGCGCUUAUGAUGCUCGGCACCAUGUGGUACGUUCUGUUCAACGUCAUCGCUGGCGCGCAAGCAAUUCCGGCAGAGCUGUUUGAAGUCGACUCCAUAUACAACAAGGACGGACAGUGGACGCGCUGGCGCACGUUGAUAUUGCCAGGCAUCUUUCCCUACCUCAUUACGGGCGUCGUCACAGCCGUCGGGGGGGCCUGGAAUGCUUCCAUCGUGUCAGAGUAUGUCGUCUUUCAGGGAGGUGUUAUGAAGACGCACGGCCUUGGGUCGCUCAUUUCGGAGGCUGCCGCGACGGGAAAUUACGGACUCUUACUCGCAGGGACCGUUGUGAUGAGCUUGUUGGUGCUCUUGACGAAUAGGUUCGUUUGGGGGCCGUUAUACAAGCUUGCGGAAACAAAAUACCGGAUCUGAUUAUGCAGUUUGAAAUCUUGAUUUUCGAAAAGAGCUUUCAAAGCAAGCAGACAAGGGUAUAUCGUUGUUGACAACGAGCGAGUUUCAAGACGCCCUGAUAGAAACCACGGCUCGGUCGCACCUUUUUUAUUAUCGUUUCGCAUGAUGGAUACGAGUGUGGACUAUUUCUAGUCGGAUUUCAUCGGAGGUGUAAGAUAUUUUUACUUAGACACGACUCACGACGUGUCCCAGGGCUUUAUGCUCAUCUGCACCCAAUCCAGCGACCAGUCCCUCCCUCUUCCAUGAGGUGCUCUGCUGCAGCAAUCUUUUCGCUAGAAGAAAUCGCAAGAAAGACGGCGGUGGAAGAUGGAAUCCUGAGGGGGGCGGGGGAGAAUGAAGAUAAUGUUGCGUUUAGGGGGGCGAUCAGGUGCAUUUCGGUGGCAACAGACGGGUGAAAUCGAAAAAGGUGCGCCCCCCUAAACGCAAAAUCUCCCGAAAAGAAAAUUAAUGUUCAUCGUUUCCUCUCAAUGCAUGGAUGAAUCUAUACAGUAAAGUACACAGGAAUCGUGCAGAAUUGGGUUUGUGGUAAAA